UACCAUUCUUGCCAGGGUUUUACGCAUAAUACUAACACAGAGCAGCAGCUUCAGAGUGAACCGAGUCGACUCAGUUAUGGACAUAACCGCUGCAAAUAUGGCGGCUAGCGAUGGACCCCCACCGCCUCUACCGGGAGAAUCGGUGGCCUUAUUCAAGGAAGGCAUAUCUUUGAUUCUCUCCCGAUGGUCGGCUCUUCAGAUAGCCGUGGAGAACGAGUGGGGCGGCCGUGGCUCACGCGCCAUCGCUGACCAGCUUUGCUCAGAUGUAUUCUCCUGGUUCACUCAGUCCAAAGAUACACUAUAUAUUGAUGAUCUUGAGAACAUUCUUGAUGAAACCAUGCUUUCACUCAACACCAUGACUGAAGAUGGCAGCGUUGAAGAGGUGGCAGAAAAAUUGAUGAUCUUUCAUGGAGAAUGCUUGGAAGGUAAUUACCAGUCUAUUGUAGAUCUGAGAGCAAGCAGUUCUCAGAUGGCAGCUCGUUCUCAUGUCAAACAGGCUUUGAAUGAUGAGGAUGACGAUAGCUCUGAUGAAGAUGAUGAUAUGUCAAACAUGAUGGUGGAUACACCAGAAUCUGUGUCAAAACCGAGUUCAGCAAACAUACCAACUAGUGAUACGAGGAUGACGGAGACAGCCGAAGCAGAAGAUGGAUGGACAGUAGUUUCAUCUAGACGUGGCAGCAAGGGCAAAAAGAACUAGGUUGAACCUCUCAUUCCCUUGAAUCUCUCGGGAACACAAUAUAAUUUCUCCUUUUCUUUCUCUGCUCAUGUCUUUCUGCAGGUUCUUAAGGCAUUUUUGGCAUGUUGCUUGCUAUUAAUCUUGUCCCUAAACCUAGCAAAGUUUUGUAGUGAAGAGUGUUGCAGGAUCGAUUUCUUUGUAUAUGGACUCAUAGUCCAGAAUCACAUAGAGUCUAAUUUUUAUAUAUAAAUUUUCUUGGAAGGAUUAUAUUUUGCCUUCCCCUUUCCUUCAAA